AAAAAUCAGAGACGGUUCAUGUAACGUUAACUGGAAGUCGAUGUCCCCGUACACUAUUCAAUAUGGCCGCAACAAUGGAAGGUGGAAAGAAUAUUUGUGCUGUUCUGAGAGCUAAAGGAGACUUACAAUUGGAAGAAAGAGUCAUUCCCAAGGCUGGGAAGGGAGAGGUGCUCCUAAGAAUGAAAUCAGUUGGUAUCUGUGGGAGUGAUGUUCAUUAUUGGACCGAGGGGAGGAUUGGUGAUUUCAUACUCAAAGAGCCGAUGAUAAUGGGACACGAAGCUAGUGCCGUAGUGGUGGAGACUGGGGAGGGUGUCAGCCAUCUCAAACCAGGUCAGAUAUUAGUAGCAUACAAGCUAGCGUAUUGUGCAAGAUAUUUCUGUAUUGCCUGGGAUAUGUAUGCUUGUGUGUUUGAUUCUGUUUGCACUAUGAUUAUCUAAUGCUGUAUGCUCUUGUUGGAGGUGGGGCUCAUUUAUUGACUGCAGCUGCUUGUACAUGUACGUGUAGAGUAUGAUAGUAAACAUCAUCAAGAGUAAGUAAUUAUCUGCUCUUGACAUCAUGUAAUUAGAUCAAUUGGUAGACAUUAGUGAGUACGGACAUAAAAGCCAUAACAGUUCUACUUUACGAAUAUGUCAAAACAAUAAACAAGAUGGUUUUUUAAAUCGUCAUAGAUGUGUCUACAUUGUAUAUGUAUGGUGGUUUUUGAAAAUGGCUUCUCUUUUCUAAAACCAAGCUGUUGGUUUUAGCUCCUAAACCUUCCUUUAUAACUUCAAUUCUUUUUCUUAAACAUCUCCUAGUCUAGAAUAUCUUACU